AUGUCAGACAUAAAUUCAACAUUACACAUAUUUGAGAUUGUUUGUGAGGAUAUGUCACUGGAGAAACCAACAUACAUCCACAAAAUGUUGCUGCGAGAAAAGGAAAAGUCAGCCACGGAACAUAAAGAGUUUAUGCAUCUGUACCUAGCUGGCAACCACCCACAGCUGACCACAGAAAGAAUCACAGACAGCGAUUGCUUGGUCUUGUUGAAGACACUGAAGACCAAUCGGUUUGUCCGGAGUAUUGACCUACGAUAUAAUGUGAUCACAGAUAAGGGAGCUAUAACUCUGGGAAAGCUUUUAGAGGGCAACAAAAGCAUCGAAGAGAUCAACAUCAUGUGCAACGAUUUUGGACCAGAUGGGGGGACAGCACUGGCCAGAUGUUUGCAUGUAAACACCACGUUGAAGGUCCUGCGACUCAACGGAAACAAAAUUGGCAACAAAGGAGGCAUGAGUUUUGCCCAGGCUCUACAAGUUAACAGAACGCUGGAGAGUUUGGAUAUCGGAGAUGCUGAUCUGACCAUUGAGUGCCUGAUUGCUCUGGCGACUGUACUCAGAGAGAACAGAUCCUUAAAAGCUCUCAACGUCAACAGGCCCAUUCUAUGGACUGUAUCUGAGGAGCCUACUGACCACUUCACUCGGAUGAUUAAGGUCAACAAAGGAUUGAAAGAACUUCAUCUGCAGAAGUUUAACAUGCGAGACUUUGGGGCCUUUCGAUUCGCAGAGAACUUGGUCUUUAACUUCACACUGACAUAUCUGAACUUGAACUGCAAUCACAUCACCCAGGAUGGAGUCAAGGAACUGUCCAAGGUGCUGAAGCUCAACACGGGAUUGAAGAUCCUGGACCUGGGGUACAACAGAAUGGAGGAUGAUGGUGCCCUCUUCCUGGCAGAGGCCAUUGGCUCAUUCAACACUACACUGGAGUGUCUAAACAUUGUUUCCAACAACAUUGGACCAGUGGGACUAUGUGCAAUGGCUAAUGCACUCAAUCACAAUUCAACUCUGACCUCUCUCUACAUUUGGGGUAACCAUUUUGAUGACUCUGUGUGCACAGCCUUUGCAGAACAUCUCCAUACUGAACGCCUCUUAGAGCAGAACUGUGAUAUCAGCUCGUACGUUGUGGAUGGAAAACUCUACCUGUGCCAAUCUGGAUAUAUCAUCCGUCGUCAUUAUUACUACGCUCCCAUUUAUGGAGAUGACGUGCCUGAAUGGCAGAUUCGAGGAGAGUUUCACAGAAGCACGGUACAUCAUGUGGAAAUUAUACAAGAUAUAAACUGA